CGGAGGGGAAGGUGGCCCUGCGGUUCGUCACCCCCGCCGUCCUGGCCGUGUUCGCCCUGGCCCUUUACCUGCACGCGCAGCAGGUCGAGUCCACCGCCCGCCUCGACUUCCUCUGGAAGCUCCAGGCAACGGGCGAGAAGGAGGAGAUGGAGGAGCUCCAGGCCUACAACCGGCGGCUGCUCCACAACAUCCUGCCCAAGGACGUGGCCGCGCAUUUCCUGGCGCGGGAGCGGCGCAACGACGAGCUCUACUACCAGUCCUGCGAGUGCGUGGCCGUGAUGUUCGCCUCCAUCAGCAACUUCUCCGAGUUCUACGUGGAGCUGGAGGCCAACAACGAGGGCGUGGAGUGCCUGAGGCUGCUCAACGAGAUCAUCGCCGACUUCGACGAGGUGCUGGGGGGGGGCGAGGGGCGACGAGGGCAGGGGGGCGCGGGAGGUGUGGAGGUGAAGUGCACGGGGUGCUGGAGGGGCUGUGGAGCAACGUUCUUGGAGCCACGGGAAGGGGUGCAGGGGGUGCUGGAGAGACUGUGGAGCAGCAUGGAUGAGGAUGAAGUACAGGGAGUAUGA